AUGUCGGCCAUGGUUGAAGCCCUUGCUCAAGUAAUUGGGAGCAAUCAAAUUAACAUCAAUAAUAAUCAUGGAAACCCUUCCUUUAUCACAACCACACUACAUAAUAAUCAACCCCAAUUAUCUCAUGAUCAUCAUAAUAAUCAAGGGAACAACAAUGUUGAGAGGAGAAGACACUACAGAGGGGUGAGACAAAGGCCAUGGGGAAAAUGGGCAGCCGAGAUUCGGGAUCCGAAGAAAGCGGCUAGGGUUUGGCUUGGGACAUUUGACACGGCGGAGGCAGCCGCCCUUGCUUACGACGAGGCCGCUCUCCGCUUCAAAGGAAGCAAAGCUAAGCUUAACUUCCCAGAAAGAGUUCAAGUUGGAGGAGUAGCAACAACAUCUAGUACUAGUCCUAAUAAUAAUAUUAUUACUAAUCAUUAUCAAUUAGGUACUACUUAUAAUAAUAACCUUAGUAAUACUACUACUACUAAUCAAGAUUAUGAUCAUCAGUCUUAUACUACUACUGCUCCUCUUCCAUAUAAUUAUAAUAAUAAUAAUAAUAAUGUUAUACUUUCUCAUGAUCAACAAUAUGGGCAGUUUAGUGGGUUUAAUAGUAGUAGUUUCUAUGGAUCAUCAUCAGCUGGAGUUGUUCCUCAUGAUCAUCAAUAUUCAUCUCAACAACAAGAACAUAAUAAUAAUGAGCUUUUGAGAUUGACCAUGCAAUUUGGAUCUUCUAAUUCAUCAUCCACUAUGUCAGAUCCUUUCAACAGUACUAGUACUAGAAGCAGAGACUUUGAUGACUCAUCCACUGAUCAUCAGUACUGGAAAUGAUGGUUUUAUAUAUAUCUAUACAUAUAUACAUACGAAAUUAUAUGUAUCCUGGUCAAUUAUAAGAAGGGUCCGGGAAGAAACUACAUCUCAAAUAUCUUUAAUUAUCUGUGAUUGGAUAGUACGUUUGGCUUUGUUUGUGUGUUUUUUAAUUGGACAAUUUGUAUCUUAUAUAUGUUGUGUAUGAUCAUUUACCGUAUCAAGGUGGAAGCCUUUGUUUUUGCAUUUA